CGGGAAAAGAUUUUAGUGAAAAAAAAUACUAUUUCACCAACCAGUAUGAUUUGGAUCUACAUUGUAAUUUCAAUUGCCGCAAACAUAUGUUUUGCAGACGAUGGUCACGAAAUGGAAGAGUUUCUAAAGAGAGAAUAUUCAUUAUCGAAACCAUACCAAGGUAUUGGAGCUUCUGGCUCCUCUCAUUGGGAAUUGAUGGGUGAUGCUAUGGUAACUACUGACCAGGUGCGCCUCACACCAGAUAUGCAAAGUAAGCAGGGGGCAGUAUGGAGCCGCAUUCCAUGCCACCUGAGAGACUGGGAGAUUCAAGUGCACUUUAAGAUUCAUGGCAAAGGCAAGAAGAAUCUCAAUGGGGAUGGCAUGGCUGUCUGGUACACUAAGGAACGCAUGCAGAAAGGUCCAGUAUUUGGAAAUAAAGAUUACUUCACAGGAUUAGGUGUGUUUGUGGAUACAUACCCCAAUGAGGAGAAACAUUUAGAGGCACAGAAGAAGAGGUACACCCCUCGUACACAGAGGAUCUUCCCAUAUGUGCUGGCAAUGGUAGGGAAUGGCACUAUUAGUUAUGACCAUGAGCGGGAUGGGAGACCAUCUGAGUUGGGUGGCUGUAAUGCUAUGGUGCGCAACUUAAAGCACGACACCUUCAUCUUCAUCAGAUAUGUUCGGCGCAGGCUCACGAUUAUGAUUGAUGUAGACGGACAGCACGAAUGGAGAGAUUGUCUGGAUAUACCAGGGGUGCGACUGCCACAGGGUUACUACUUUGGGGUCACUGCUAUCACUGGAGACCUCUCAGACAACCAUGAUUUAAUUUCUCUGAAGUUAUACCAGCUGACAGUAUUGCGGAGUAAACAGGAGGAAGAACAAGAGGAGGAAGUCACAGUGCCCAGCGUGGACAACAUUGACCUGUACAGACCCUAUCCUGACGCAGAGGGAAUGAGCAGCGUUGCUAUCUUCUUCACUGUGUUGUUCUCAAUGCUGGGCUUGUUUCUUCUCAUCGUCGUGGGUCUUGUUGUCUAUAGCCACUGGAGUGAGAGUCGACGCAAGCGACUCUACUGAUGCAGUAGUGAGUCAGCAAAAGAGGGCAGCAUGUCCCUGUAUUUCUGCUCUUGCAGCCUGAGACAGUCGUACAAACCACUAUGAACUCUGUCCCUGAGAUCAAGUACUGAGUGGUCCCAUCGUCAUAAUCAGUAAAUCCGUGAGCAAUACUGAUUUCAAAACUAUGAAAAGAGAGCAACUAAAAAGAAAUCAGGAUGAUGGAACUUUAUGGAAUGCCAGUGUGUGACAUUUUCAGCAAAUUAAGGCUUGUACCGUCCCUUUAAAAGUCAUUUUGGUGUUGUCUUUUUUGUUGCACUGAGGCAGUGUCUGCAAUAGUAACAUAUACACAACACUAGCAGAUACCGUGUCUUCUGUUUCAGCUGUGUCAUUUGGUCAACAGUAGUUCUAUUUUGAUGUUCCUCCCUUUGAUGAAUGCCUUUUCAAAUCUUUUCUUAUGAUAAUUUGUACUCAUUUCCUGUCUGUGUGAAAGAAAAACAAGCAAUUUUAAUGGCCUUCCUCCAUCGUGAUGGCAGCUUCACACUACCAUGUGUAACUAAAAGAUAGUUUCAAGCAGAUUUGUCAAAAUCCAGUCCUGGAGAGCCAAAAUCCUGCCAGUUUUCAACCUCUUAGUUACAUACUGACUUUCACCGGGAAAACAGGCGUGCGCACUCUUCAGCCGGAGACCACAUGGAGUUGUUGGACAAGAAAAGCGGCAGGCCCUUGACCCUCCAAGAGUGGAUUUUGACAACCUCUGUUCAAAGUGAUGGAACUAUUGGAGGUUCUUUUUAAACCACUACAACAGAAAUCUCAUGUUGAGCUAUACAUUUGACUUUACAUUGCUUCAAGGCUCACGCUUUGUGCUAAAACCAAGUUAAAGCUAUAAGGCCAUCUAUAUUAUGUCACAAUUUAAAGAUUUUGCCUGUUUUUGUUGUGUGUCUGAGAUACAAUUUUUAUAUUCUUCUGUGAACAGUUCAUUUUCAAAAGUCAUAUUUUUCAUCUUUUUCUUUCAUUUCAUUAAUUCACUUUAAAUGUAGCUAUGUAUCCUGUUAAUGAUUUAUAUUAUACAAAAUAUUUAGCACACUGGGUACUGAUUUACUCUUGUCAUUAUCAGAGAUGAAGGAGUGAAGAAAAUCCCUAACUGUUCUCUUAUGUUCCUUCUGAGAAGGCUGAGGAAUUUCCAUUUGAAACACUUUCAGCUGCACAAAUUGGUCACUGGAUGGAAAUUGUCUGUACCAUCUCGAUAAUUCCGACCAUUCUGUGUUCUGAAAUCAUACUAAAUGUUAUGAUAAAUUUUGAAUCCAUAAAGGUCAGUUAUCUGAUAUCAAACUCUCAUGGGUUAGUGCAAAGGAUAUUUAUCACCUGCACAACACAACAGUUAGUCAGAUUUUGCAUUUGUUUAAUGUAAUUGUAUCCCUUGUACGAAACUGCCUUAUUGCUAUUGUUACCCAGAUUUCUAAAACAGAUUUAACCAACAUGAGCAGAUGAUUAGUCUUCCCCCCAUUUAAUACUCUGCACUCAGAACAUGAAUUUGAAUUCAUGGGUACCUUUCCAAGGUCAAAAUCAACUUUCAGAAGUGCUUGAAACUUCCAUGAAAAUUGUGUUAUUCUGUAAUAAUGUCUUGUCUGCCUUUAACUUUUUUUUCCAGCAGUGGUAAUUAAUUUGAUUGUGGUAAUUAAUUUAAUUUAAUUUGUUUAUUGCACUUUAUUCAUGCACCAAAUUUAUUUACUUUCUUCCUUUGUACUGAGUAAAACUGCCUCAGUGGCCUCCUUUAAAGAGAGCCCCUUUGUCUUGCAUCCUUGUGUUUCAGCAGUGCCUGAUCUGUCAUUCAUUUUUUUUAGUCAGUUCUAGUUCAUUCUUUAUAAUUAACAUUCUUGGAAGGGAGUUUACUUAGUACCUCUCAUUCAAAGUUAAAUGGAAAUUAGCCUGAGGGGAAGCUAUAGAUGUAUAUGCCAAGGAAAAUCAUUUUAGAAUUUCCACUAAAUUUGUUCAAGCAUGGUUAAUAUUUAAACAUGGUUACAGCAUGCCUAAUAACAUGCUACAGACAUAAAUAAUGACUUAAGAAUGUGUUUGUGCUACCACUGUAGUGACCAGUUUCUCCAUGUUAAGUGAUGACAACAUAGCAUCUCACUGUUUUAGUAAUCUCAUGUCACCACGUCAUAACGUAACGUCAUAAUGUUAAGACCAUCUGUUGAUUGUUUAGAAUGUAAAAGAGGAUGUAAUUACACAUCAUCACUACUGUGUUUAUCAUUGUCUGAACUAACAGUUAAAUGUGGCUGUUAGCAAGGCUUACUGUUUCUGUAAAGACUUAGAACAGGCUCAAAGCACUUUUAGGUCUUUCCUUGCUUUAACACACAUUUCAGCGAACCAAGGGGUGAUGUUUAGCUGCUGUGUUGAACUAUGUAUGUAAGAGCAUGAGAGAUUUUAUAUGUACGGAACUGUAAGCCUCCAGGAGCAGGAUUGGGAAACGCUGAUGUACAACUUACUUUUCUCGCAAAUGUACUGUAGGCUAUGUCUGCAUAACUGCCUUUAGUGGAAUUGCAUAAGAAAAAAAAUGUUGCUGACAUAGCUUUCCCUUCAUAAUACUUAUUGCUUUGAACCAAUGCCUUUGUCAGAUUGAAAAAAGAGAGACAAGAA